AUGUCCGACAAUUUCUUCAUCAAAAACAAGACGGCCAUCAUCGUCACUGCCUUGACAGUGACCUCGGCAGUGGGAGCAUAUCUCUACUACAGCCAACAACAAGAUCAUCAGGGAGGCGACCGUACGUCAUCAGACAAGUCGAGCAAGAAAAAUGAAAUGGGCGAGGAUUCCAAGCCUUCGAGUAGCUCCAAGAGUAAGAAGAAGAAGAAGAAGAGCAAGUCUGGUAGCCCCGAGGCGGGAGCAGCGAAGGAGAGCAAGGAGCCGCACGUUGUGCCUAGGUUGACCGCCGAGGUCGUUGCUGGGUUGAGCGAGUCGGAGAAGGAGGAGUGGGCCUCCAAGUUGAAGGAGGAUGGUAAUGUUGAGUUUAAGCAAAAGAACUACCAAAAGGCUAUUGAGUUUUACAGUGCUGCUUUGGAGUUGAAGCAAGAUCCCGUUUACUAUUCGAACAGAUCUGCGUGUUACUCGGCUUUGGACGACCACCAGAAGGUGAUUGAGGAUACUACCACGGCCAUCAGUUUGAAGCCCGACUACACCAAAUGUAUAUUGAGAAGAGCUACCAGCUACGAGUUGUUGGAGCAGUACGAAGAGGCCAUGUUUGAUUUGACUGCGUUGACCAUUUACGGCGGAUUUUCCAACAAGUCUGUCGAGCAAGUGUUGGAACGUGUCUUGAGGAAGCACUCCAUCAAGAUUGUGGAUGGCAAGGAGAAGAUCUUGGCCUUGCCCAGCUCUGCCACCAUUGGAUCUUUCUUUGGUGCCUUCUCAGAUGAAAAUGCCUUGGUCAGCGAAGAGAGUCAAGGCGGGGAAGCGUUUUUGUAUCAAGCUUUAAACAAGAUUAGCAGCAAUGCCAGAGACGCCUAUGAGGAAGCUGACGUUUUGAUCAAUCAAGCCGUGACCGCGUUGGCUGCUGAAGUUGGCGAAGAAGAAAAGGAAAAGGACAACAAAGACUUGUAUGCUGUUGCGUUGGAGUAUUCCGCUGCAUUCCAGUUUUUGAAAAAUGACCCCGCCACGGCUGCCGAGUUGAUCAACAAGGCCCUUGCCAUCAAGCCAAGAGCCAGGGCGUAUGUGUUCCGCGCAUUGAUCAAUGCUGACAAGUCAUCCUACGAAGAAGCCAUGAAGGACUUUAAAUCCGCCGAGGAGUCGGACCCUAGCUCACCCGACGUCUACUACCACUUGGGCCAAUUGUUUUAUUUGACGGGCGAUUUGGACAAUGCCGAGGUCAACUUCACCAAGGCCAAAUCAUUGCACCCAGAUAACGUUUACGCUUAUAUCCAACUUGCUUGUAUAACUUACAAGAAAGGACAACCCGAGGAGGCAUUUGAAAAAUUCACCGAGGCCAAAUUGAAGUUCCCCACCAGCCCCGAGAUUCCAAACUACUAUGGUGAGAUCUUGGCCGAUAAGGGCGAUAUCCAAGGAGCACUCAAGCAGUUUGACAUAUCGGCCAGGUUGCAAGAGAAAUUGGACCGUUUCAGCGUUGGUGCCUUGCCAUUGAUCAAUAAAGCCACCGUGAUAUCGAGAGAAAGCUUGGAGAAGUUGCCCGAAGCCGAGACGUUGCUAGUCAAGGCAUGCGACUUGGACCCCAAAUCUGAAUUAGCUAGAAUCUCUCUAGCACAGAUUAAAUUGCAAAACGACGAAGUCGAUGAAGCUAUUGAGUUGUUUGAACAAAGCUGCGACUUGGCGAGAUCCAUCGAAGAGAAAAUCCAGGCUGUUUCCUUUGCCGAAGCUAGUAAGAUGCAAAAGAGAAUCAAGAGCGAUCCUAUCUUGACUGCAAAGAUUGCUGAAUUGAUGAGACAGAGUGGUGCUUUGUAA